AGGAGACCACCAAGCUCAGAAGUCUCUCCGAAAUAUGGAGCAUACAGUAUUGAGACAGAGGGAUCGCUUCCAACUCAGCUACGAACUCCCUCAUCAAGUCCACACCUCGCAUGUCUACCCUCGACAAUCAUCUAACGGUUCCACCGUCAUAAUCUACGGACAUGAGGAAGGGCUACGCAUUGUUUGGUUUGCUGGCAAGGCUUUCAAGCCAGCUACGAAGGCAGUUGCGGCUCCCAAGGUCAACGGAACGGCCAAGGGAGAUGCUAUCGUAAUUGACCUAGACGACGAUGACGAUGAACAACCGACAAAAGGACCACCCACGGGUCCAGCAGAAUUCCAAGAAGAAGAUGAGGAAAUUGACCCUACGGCGCCAUACAGGGAUGUCAUCCGGUACAUCGACAUACCACUGGGCACUGCAGCCAUGCGCAUUGCAGUUCCGCAUAUUGUGAAGGAUCUUGAACAGGCUCCUCCUGAAUCAUGGCCGUCACUAUACCUCCAUCGCAUUGUGGUCGCUGUGGCUUGCGCAGAUCUGAGUAUCCGACUCGUUUCUGCUUCCCUCGAUCCUCCGACACCGGAGGUCCAAGAUGUGUCAAGGCUGGAUGUUCAAACAAUCAAGAUCUUCGGACCUAGUUCUCAUCAGGACUACAUCUCGGAUAUCGCGAUUACACAUACAACAGGUAUUUUAGACGACGAUCAAGAGGACAAUAAGCAACAGCAAGCGAGCAAUGCUCCGUCUAAACAGAAAUCACCCACCGAUGCGCGACAGUGGUCCCUUCUCAUAGCUACAAUCUCGUGCACAGGUGCAGGAUUGUUGCUGAUACAUCAGAUACCAAUUCAGGGGAACUCGAUCUCUCCAGCACCCGAGCAUUUUCUGCCCAUCAGACGACACUAUCUACGGUCCUCGGCCAUCAGUGCGAGACUGUCUUUCAACACAUGUCCUUACCCUGCGGUCCGUCAUUCGAACCUGCUCAUCACGCUGCCUUCGGCUUCUUGUGUCAAACUGUACCAAGUGUUUCCCACACAUUCUCGCGAGCGGAGAGGCUCCACGGGCACUGCUGAUUCGGCCUCUACAACGCGUCCUACGAGAACCUCUGGGAGCUCGCGUGGGAAAUUCCUCAUGAGCUUUCUACCAUCUUUUGUACAAGAGGUCAGCACUGUUAGCCCAAGAAGAAAAGGCGUGCUCGAUGCACGUUGGUUGGCUGGGGGUCGUGCCGUCAUCGCGCUCCUUGAAGACGGCGAAUGGGGUAUUUGGGACCUCGAAGCAGUUGGGCCAACGUCGUCGGCGUCCAGCUCAGGGGCGAAUCUUAUCCGGGGACAAGCCAACAUCGCUGGAAUACAUGGUGGAUCUUUGACGAAGUUUGCAGUCCGAUGCACAAUCUCGCCGUCGGUCGAAGCCAGACAGAAAACAUCUGGUGCAGAAGCUCAACCAUCCUCUGGCAGUCUGGCACCAAUGACCCCCUCGACACGCAAAGUGCGGUCGGAAGGGCUCUUCAACGGAGACAUACGACAAGCUUGUGCGGCCAGAUCUCAGACCCAGUACGGAAGCAUCCAUAUCGAGGAUAGGGCUUCCGGUCGACCUCAAGAAGAAUGCGCCGUCAUCAGCUACGGGGACGAGAACGUAUACGUUUCAUCUCUUUAUUCGUUUUGGAAGUCUGACAUCAAACCAACUCGGCUGCCAGCGGUGAAACUAGGAGGUCAAACCCAACGAUGCUUCAGCUUAUUCCCAACAUCCAACAACGACAGCAAUUCUUCUUCGACUCUGUUUGGCAUGUCUACCUCGACUCCCGAAUUCCUCAUCCAGACCGACCAUCGCCUGAUUCUCUCCGUCAAUCCUCUAACAGAAGCGCCCUCCACAACCAACUCAGCAGCCGAGACUACCUUUUCACUCGGUCCAGAAGCGUCUGACCAAGCUCUUUUGGCCUCGGGAGAACUUGAUGUCGACGGCAUGGAGCGUAUCCUUGAGGAGAUGGGUGGCAGUGAGGGUCCUACUGUGUCCAAACCAAAACCAAUGAACAUCUUCACAAAAAGUGUGGGCUUUCAGCUCGACGACGACGAAGAUGUCGACAUGGCCUCGCCCACGCCAGCCAAGUACUCCCCACUGAAGCCUCGGAAUUCACCUAUGCUUGGAGCCGCAACCCAAGGUUCACAGAGGAGGAUAUUCAGUUAAGCCAUGCUUAUCCUUCCCGAUUGGCCUUCCAGAGCCCGCUGUCCCUGCUGGCGGCCACCACCAGCGUUCAUGUACGAUACCCGAGGUCUUGAUUUUUGUUAACCGCAAAAGAAAACCCAGGCGAGAAGUCCAG